UACGGUAUCUAAAGGCAUUUGUGCCUGAAGCCACGGAAGAUAGAUGGACAAGCCAAGCAACUUCUGACUCUGCAUCAUUUUCUGGGGCAAAAUUAUAUGGCAAUGUAUCCUACAAGGGUGUCCGGUGAGGAAUGCAAUGGGAUCAAUAGCAUGUCGGCGGAGAGCGGCCCUGGAACGAGACUGAGAAAUUUGCCGGUAAUGGGGGACGGACUAGAAACCACCCAAAUGUCUACGACGCAGUCGCAGGCUCAACCCCAACAAGGCAGCGCCGUAGGCGUUAAUCCCCCUCCGCCGGAGACCUCCAACCCCAACAAACCCAAGCGACAGACCAACCAGCUGCAGUAUCUGCUCAAGGUGGUGCUGAAGACGCUGUGGAAGCACCAGUUUGCGUGGCCUUUCCAGCAGCCCGUGGACGCCGUCAAGCUGAACCUCCCCGAUUAUUAUAAGAUAAUUAAAACUCCGAUGGAUAUGGGAACAAUAAAGAAACGCUUGGAGAAUAACUACUACUGGAACGCUCAAGAAUGUAUCCAGGAUUUUAACACGAUGUUUACAAACUGCUACAUCUACAAUAAGCCAGGGGAUGACAUAGUCUUAAUGGCAGAAGCUCUAGAAAAGCUUUUCCUGCAGAAAAUCUCCGAAAUGACCCAGGAGGAAACGGAAAUCGUCAUAGCCCAGACGAAAGGAAGAGGACGCGCGAGGAAGGAAGCAGUGACAUCCAAACCAGGAUCAUCCACGGUACCGAACGCAACCCAAGCAUCGUCCCCGGCGCAGACGCAGGCGCCGCAGCAAAACCUCCAAUCCGCGCAGACGACUCAUUCCUUUCCUUCCGUCACCCCCGACCUCAUCGUCCAGACCCCGGUAAUGACGAUGGUGCCUCCUCAACCUCCUGCGCCGCCUCCGCCUGCUCCCCAGGCCCCCGUGCCGCCGGCCCCGGCUCCCCAGCCCAUCCAGCCUCACCCUCCCGUUAUCCCAACACCCGCCCAGCCCGUGAAGACAAAAAAAGGGGUGAAGAGGAAAGCAGACACCACGACGCCAACGACCAUCGACCCAAUUCAUGAAUCGUCAUCGCUGCCCGCCGAACCCAAGUCCACCAAACUGGGUCCGCGCCGGGAAAGCAGCCGCCCGGUGAAACCUCCAAAGAAGGACGUUCCAGACUCUCAACAACACGUAGAAAAGAGUAGUAAAAUAUCCGAGCAGUUAAAAUACUGCAGCGGGAUCAUCAAAGAGAUGUUCGCCAAGAAACACGCUGCCUACGCCUGGCCCUUCUACAAACCCGUGGACGUGGAGGCGCUGGGACUGCACGAUUAUUGCGAUAUCAUUAAACAUCCCAUGGAUCUGAGCACAAUCAAAUCUAAACUGGAGAACCGGGAAUACCGAGAUGCUCAGGAAUUCGCGGCGGACGUACGAUUGAUGUUCUCCAACUGCUAUAAGUACAACCCCGCCGAUCACGAGGUGGUGGCAAUGGCACGGAAGCUGCAGGACGUGUUCGAGAUGCGCUUCGCCAAAAUGCCGGAUGAACCGGAAGAGCCUGUGAUUCCAGCUUCUUCUCCUGUGGUGGUGCCACCUCCCACCAAGGUGGUUCCCCCUUCGUCCAGCGACAGCAGCAGCGACAGCUCCUCCGACAGCGACAGUUCCUCGGAUGACUCCGAGGAGGAGCGAGCUCAGCGGUUAGCGGAGCUCCAGGAACAGCUUAAAGCAGUGCAUGAACAGCUUGCAGCCCUGUCCCAGCCGCAGCAGAACAAACCAAAGAAAAAAGAGAAAGACAAGAAGGAGAAGAAGAAAGAGAAGCACAAAAAGAAGGAAGAGCUGGAAGACGCCAAGAAAAGCAAAGCCAAGGAACCGCCACCCAAGAAGGCCAAGAAGAGCAACAGCAACAGCAGUACCUCCAGUAGUAAGAAGGAGCCUGUGACGGUGAAGAACAGCAAGCCCCCUCCAGCCUACGAGUCUGAGGAGGAGGAGAAGUGUAAACCCAUGUCCUAUGAGGAGAAGAGGCAGCUGAGCCUGGACAUUAAUAAACUCCCCGGUGAGAAACUGGGCCGAGUUGUCCAUAUCAUCCAGUCGAGAGAACCCUCGCUCAAAAACUCCAAUCCCGAUGAGAUCGAGAUUGACUUUGAGACGUUAAAACCAUCCACCUUACGGGAGCUGGAGAGAUACGUAACGUCGUGUUUGCGGAAGAAGAGGAAACCUCAAG